CGUCCACACCUAACAAACAAUUAAAAAACAUUCGUCGAACGUUCGCCGAACACCAACAAUUUCUUGACAAACGUUUGUCGAAUGUUUUUCGAACGUUUGUCUGAUGUAGACGUGUUUCCAAACUAAUUUGUUUGUCAAUAAUCUAAACAAAAAUGUUCGCUCACUAAGCGAACAUUUUGCAUGUAUGUUUAUACUUGUAUACCGAUAUAUUUAUUUAAUUAUUAAUUAUUAUGAUAUUAUUAUCAUGAAGUAUCAAUAUGUGACAGACUACAAUAUAUAUAUUAUAUUACAAUAUACCACAAUAUAUAUGUUUGCUUUCGUUUUAUUUUUGAAAUAUAACUAUUUAUAUACACAAAAUAUAAAUAUUAUGAUGUGUAUUACUAUUCCAGACUAUAUGGAGAUAAUGCGAUAAUAUCGCAUUUAUAAAUAAAUAUUUUGUCUUAUUUACUAAACGAAUAAGCUGCGUCUACACCUAAUCAGUCUUUCGCGUGACACCAGUAUACCACACACGGGUAGCUUUUUUUUAUUCAUAGUGUUGUUUAUAUUGUAUAGUGUUCAAUAAUAUACCGACUAGCGAGUCACAAAAUGAGUGAUAAGUGGUCCAAAGAAAAAAUAAUUCAUUUAAUUGAAUUAUAUGAGAAUGCCAGUUGCUUAUGGGACUCGAAAUCUUGCGAUUAUAAAAAUAAGAUAAAACGUAAAGAUGCAUUUAUUGAUAUUGCUAACAAACUUAACUUUGAGGAACAAGAGGUAAGAAAAAAAAUUGAAUCUCUUUUAACUCAGUAUCGUAGAGAAAAAAAGUCUUUGGUUUUAAAAUCUGGAAUGUCUAGCGAUGAUGUAAAAACACCUUGGUACGCUUAUAAAUAUUUCCACUUUUUAGCUAAGAAAAAUACUCCGAGAAUUACGCGAUCUAAUACCAGUGAAGAUGGUGAAAGCAAUUUAUUUGAUUCCGAUUUACUUGAAACAGGAUCGGGUAAUGAGGAUAGUGUCAGUGAACAGAAUUCUGUCGAAAUUGAAAAUCCUUCCGAAAAUGUUGAGCAAAGUGUACCACAUUUCGAUAAAAAAAAAAAGAAACUUUUUUUAUCGCCUAAACGCCCGAAAAUUUCAAAAAGAAAUUAUGAAGAUGAUGAUCAAACGAAAGAAGCAUAUGCAAUUAUGAAAUCUUGUUAUUCGAAAAUACAAGAAAACCAACAAAGGGACGAGUUAAAAGUUUAUGGGGAAUCAGUUGAAUUUAGAUUAAGGAAAAUUAAAAAUCCAAUAACUGUAUGUUUACUGAAAAAUCAAAUAGACAACCUGUUAUUUAAAGCCGAAAUGGAUCAAUACACACACGAUUCUUCGCUGCCUCAGCCAUUACAAUUGAAUGCACCAUUACAAAAACCAUCGACUACUACAGUUACACAACAGGCAAGAGAAUCUUCACAAAUACAAGACUUCAAUAUGCAAGAUUACGUUCAAUUUUAUUAA